GUCGGAGGCAUACAUUGAAGUUUGCAAACUAUCGUCAAACCAGUUUUUAGUGUUUCCUGCUGUAAAGCAAUAAGAAGGGCUUUAUAGCUAGCCGGUAUACAAGAGAGAGAUACCUUCAAUAAAGCAUAGCUUCGUCGAGAAACGCCAAAACAAAUUCAUAGCUCCUAUAAUUAGUCACGGAGGUCUGUCUGCAAUGGAAAUGGAGUAUCAAAUACCGUCGUCCAUUCCCAGCAGUGAUUACCCAGGAGAGUCAGUCAGUGGGGACACAACUGUACAAGGUAGGGACUACAGAACCAGUUCAGUCGACUAUUUCAAGAACCAAGACAGUGGUGGUGGAACAGUUGUAAGCUAUGCCACCUCUGGCUACAGAUCUAAUGCAAGUCAAGGAGUUCCCGAGACAGACUUUGACGAUAAGCAAGGUGACGCGUAUGAGAGUAUAGAGACAUUUCAACGUGAUCGACGUGUUGUGGUAACUCCGAUUCGCAGCGGUAGUUGUCCACCCUCGGGCACUAUGCCUGAGGUGAGACAAGCAGGAUAUAUCGAUAUGCCCGAUUAUGUUACCAAGAAAGGCUGGGCCUCUCUUCGAAGAUGUUUGUGUUUCUUUACAAUUCUCUCGCUGGUAACACUGCUAGUGUCUGUGGCUGGUGCAGGAAUUGGAGUGUAUGCGUUUCUCUUGGCUUUUGAGGGUGGAAGGAUUCUUGGUGGUUCCUCGGUGACGAUGUCUAGUAAUGAUACAGCUGUUUUGAUGCUACAAACUCAACUCGUGGCAUCACAGAAUCUUAUUGAGCAACUUCGAGCUGAUCUCUCCAUACAAGUCAACAGUUUUGAAGAGCUUUCACUGCAAGUAGCUUCACUCAUCUCACCUGCUACAAAUGUCACAAAUGAAACUGCAGUAACCAAUGGAAACAGCGGAUUCUCAUUGGAUAAUUGUGAUACCUCGGUUCGCAGUACUUGUGUAUUGAGGCUAAUCCCUGGAAUGGCUAUACCGCCAUAUUCAGCCUGUGAUACUCACGAAUAUUCUCUGAAUCAAACAAACAAUCACAUUGCAGAUAUUUAUUGCAGUAUUGAGAACAGAAACGACGUUAAUCCGAUAUCCUCAACCCUCAAUAUUUAUGACGGGGAGGCGUCUUGUUCCUGUUCACUCAUCGACUUGACAGGCGGAACGGCCAGCGUUACUUGUAACCUCAAUGUGAAGACCUGCCCUAUGUGACAGGAGAAAUAAUAAUAAAUAAACUAAACACUUUAAUUUAUAUCAAUUUUGGUCGGCCAAAAUUCCAAUUUUCAAGCAAACAUUCUCAGGUACAUUGAGCCAUUCAUUUUUUUUUAUUCCUCUGGAUCUUUUUUUCCCGAUCUGAUUUACACUUUGUGAGUGUUUAUGUAACAAAGAAACUGUACGUGUUAAAAAUAGCAAUUACUGGUAUUAUUUAUUAAUUUAUGCAAGUCACAGUCUAUAUAUCAGUCUAUAUUUAUUACAGUAUGAAAUAAUUCAUUGUUCAUUUAAAAUUCGGAAUGUCA